AUGGCGGAGUUGCUGAGCCUCAACGCUGAAGUGGAAGAGUUUAAAAAAGAAUAUUUCUUCAGGAGCGGCCAAGCAGAGGAGGCCAGACAGAAGGAGAACCAGGCUCAGAUCCGGAUUCAGAGCUGGUUCACAACCUGCAAGGUGCAGGCUUGCUUGAGCCAUCUGCACAAGAAGGCGAUCAUUAUACAGAAAAUAUGGCGGGGCUUCAGAGCAAGGGCACGUGUCAGACAAAUGGUGAAGGCGGCAUAUUUUAUCAUGAAGAUGAAUUUCUAUGAGGAGAUGGCGGUCAGGAUCCAGCGGAGAUGGAGAGGGUUUUUCGUGAGGAAGUAUAUCCACAACUUCUCUGCACGAAAAAGUUACCUGGACAGACUCGCUGUGAAAAAUAACCUUGUCAGGAGGGAGCUUGACGAGCUCGAGGAGCUUGAGAAAAGAGAAAGGAGCUGUUUGGAGAAGAUAAAAGAGCAGACUGCCAAAGUGUACCAAGCUCAUCGGUUACACCAUCUCCUCAGCACAAAGCAGCGCCCAGGAGUCUUUAUGUCUCCAUUCAGCACCGUCCCCCAUGAGAUGGAGUUACUACUGAGGCAGGUCAAGUACCAGGCGCCGACCAAGUUGGCCUCUAGGGGCAGUGCGUGUCCCAUGGGCAUCCCUGGCUCAACUGACCCCAGUUUCACUGAGACUCUCAAAUCCCCGUGGAUGAAAACUACACGAACCUGCUGCUCCAGGCCUGCACUUCCUCCCAUCACCAGCAAGAAAGAUCAGGAUCUUCUCAGAAAGCCAGGGGAGAUGUGGGGGCAGCGUGUGCAUUGUCCUGACAUGAUGUUGUGCCUUCAGACCACGUACACACACCUGGAGGAGGCCCAGAAUCAGCGACGGCAACACGAGUCAGAGAGACUCAAACUGUGA